GGUAGCGACAUUGUUAACGGGAAAUCGGAAACAAUGGCAGUAGAAGGGGGAGCUAAAUGUGUGAAAUAUCUUCUGUUUUUCUUCAACUUCAUUUUCUGGCUGGCAGGACUUGCUCUUAUAAUAAUUGGAGUUGUUGUGCAAGUGAAGCUGAACAAAUCCAUCUUGAUAACCGACUUUGAAGCAUCUGGAGCCCCCAUUGUCAUCAUUGCUGUUGGUGUUAUCAUAUUCUUUAUUGCAUUCUUUGGUUGUUGUGGAGCCUGGAAGGAAAGCUACUGCUUGGUGACAACGUUUGCUGUUCUUUUGACACUCAUCUUCCUGGUAGAGAUUGCAGCAGCCAUUGCUGGUUAUGUCUUCAAAGAUAAAGUGACAAUGUAUUUGGAGAAAGGAUUUGAAGAAGCAAUGAAGAACUACACCACAGUUGCUGAAAGCAGAGAUGCAGUUGAUGAAAUGCAGAAGAUGUUCAAAUGUUGA